GAAGUGGCCCGGUCAGUUUCAGUGAAUCUCCCUCCCUCUGGGUAACUCUUCAUCCUGGGAGGGAGACAGAGAUGGGAGCAGGGGAAACUGUUCACUUGUAGCAACUGGAGUGAAUCCAGGGAGGGAGCAGACUCUGCAAACUCAGACUAUUUGAAAAUCUGAAGACUGAAGUUUCAAAAUCAAUGGAUGGAAGGCUUAUGUCCGAAACAUUGACUCUCCUGCUCCUCGGAUGCUGCCUGACCUGCUGUUUUGCCAGCGCCACAUUUUUUGACUGACUCUCCAGCGUCUGCAGUCCUCACUUUGUUGUUAAUUUCUGACAGUCACUCAAUCCAUCGGGACCACAACAAUUUUUGACUGAAUUCUGUGAGAGGGAUCAACACUUUUUGGUUCCUGUUUGAGGACGUUUUCAACAUCAGGUGGGACUGGACGAGAGACCCCACUGUUGAAGCACACUGUGUGUGGAGCCUGAAACAGUUAUACAGCCAGCGAAGGGGAUUUCACGGCAGGGAGGGGCUCUACACGUGUUUGUGUGCAGCUGAAGCUGUGGCCAUGGAGAAUCCUGAGGAAUCCCGCCCUGUGGAGAAACCGUGGAAGUGUGGGGACUGUGGGAAAGGCUUCCGUGUCCCGUCUACCCUGGAGACUCAUCGGCGCUGUCACACCGGGGAGAGGCCAUUCCCCUGCACUGACUGCGGGAAGGCCUUCAGAGAUUACUUCCACCUGCUGAGGCACCAGCGGAGCCACACGGGGGAAAAACCCAUCAGCUGCCCAGAUUGUGGGAAGGCCUUCAUAUUUUUCUCUGCCCUGUUGGCCCACCAGCGGGUCCACACAGGAGAGAAGCCGUUCAGCUGCCCAGAGUGUGGGAAGGCCUUCAGGUAUUCCUCCAACCUGCUGACCCACCAGCGUAUCCACACCGGGGAGAGACCGUACACCUGCCCUCAGUGCAGAAAGAGCUUCACCUGCUCCUCCAACCUGCGGAGCCACCAGCGGAUCCACACCGGGGAGAGGCCCUUCAGCUGCCCUGAGUGUGGGAAGGCCUUUCACGAUUCCUCCACCCUGCUGACCCACCAGCGGAUCCACACCGGGGAGAGACCCUUCAGCUGCCCCGAAUGCAGGAAGGGUUUCAACUGCUCCUCCCACCUGCGGAGCCACCAGCGGAUUCACACAAGGGAGAGGCUCUUCACUUGCUCUCAGUGCGGGAAGGCCUUCAGCUAUUCCUCCACGCUGCUGAUCCACCAGCGGAUACACACCGGGGAGAGACCAUACACCUGCCCUCACUGCGGGAAGGGCUUCACCUGCUCCUCCAACCUGCGGAGACACCAGCGAGUUCACGUGCCAUCGCAGGGAGAUUGAAGGAGUGACGGCCGAGUGCCAUUAUCGAUUGGAAUAUCAACCCGGUUCCGGGGACUCCCGGGUUUGAAUCCUGCCACGACAGAUGGCAGAAUUGGUAUUCGGUCAGAAAUGUGGAGUUGGGAAUUUAACGAUGAGACCGUUUCAGGGAGGGGGUGGUAGGGGGAGAAAGCCCCCAUCUGAUUCCCUCUCUCCCUUGUUAGGGAAGGGAACCCCCAUUGUGGGAAAGGAUACACUCAGUCGUUCCAGCUGCAUCCUUUACCCGGUCUGGCCUACACGUGACUCCAGACCCACAGCAGUCUGGUUGACUCCACACUGCCCUCCCCCCACUGGCAAAGGAGCGGGGAGAAACUUAGUUGGAGACAGGGUAUGGGUUGAAAUUGCUGAGUGAGGCAAUACUUCCUCCGGGUUACGGCUGAACCAAGGAUCCAAUUACAAAGGGACAACUUGGUGCUGACCAAUAGUAAAGACAGUGAGAAGGGUGGGGGGUUGGGGGAACAGGGGAGGUGUGGUGUGUGCACUUUCACCCUGAGCUGUUCAAAAAGCAACUACAUUUUCUCUGCCUUUUUGCUGGGGGGAUCUGAAGCUGUAACAAAGUUGGGUUGCAAUAAAGGUUACCUGAACUUACCACCGGGCUCAGACUCUCAUUGAAAGCUUUGAGCUCCAAGAGGUUUUUGUUUUAAAGCUGCUCAUGUCUUUCAGCCUCCUGCACUAAGUUUAGAACAUAGAACAAUCCAGCGCAGAACAGGCCCUUCGGCCCUCGAUGUUGCGCUGACCUGCGAACUAUUCUCAGCUCGUUCCCCUACACUAUCCCAAAAUCAUCCAUGCACUUAUCGAAGGAUUGUUUAAAUCUCCCUAAUGUGGCUUACCAUGCCCUUACCACUCUCUGUGUAAAGAUCUUGCCUCUGGCAUCUGUCUUAUAGCUAUCACCCCUCAAUUUGUAGUUAUGCCCUCUCUUGAAUAAGGGCACAGCAUUGGCACUCCUCCGUCGACAAUGAAGACUCAAAUAUCAAAGCCAAAGGCUCUGCUAUUUCCUCCCGAGCUUCCCAGAGAUUCCUCAGAUAAAUCCCAUUGCCUCAUCUGUACAAUCUUGCCUCAUCAACACAUAAGCCUCAUGGAACAGCAUCAUAAGACACAGAACUUGUAUCGAAAGAUCAGUGUCAUACAACUGAUAGAAUAUAUUGAACAAACUUAGAUAGUCUUCAUCUCUUAGAAUGGGUGUGGGCUUUGGUUCAU